AUGCGCAAAUCAAAGUCCUGGUUCAACGCGUCUAGCGGUUCACACCGUAGUGGGCAUUCAAUUUCGAUUGAUGGGACACCGCAGACAAUACCACCGCACGCCGCUAAGGAGAAUUCAGGGACUGAAGAGCUGAGAACACCAAAGUUACGUGUUUCCCAAUCUAUGGGUCUCCUUCCAAAGAACGGCAAUCAGACGGCGUUUUGCGGCAGCCGCACCGGGAACGACUUUGCGGCCAAGACAGCGAGAGAGCUUGCGAACCAAGGCUCGGAGGGCAUCUAUAUCUAUAAGGUCAAGGAUAUUUGGCCUUCUUGCAAGGAAACCGUCAAAGCAACACCUCAUGAAGUCAAGACAUUUUGUUCCCAAAAUUCUACCUCCUUUGAAAGGGGCCGUUGCAUGGGAAAGGAGUCUCGUGGGUUUGAUUUCGGCAGCACAGGUGAUCAGGAAACCGUAUACGACGAGGAGAAGUCCCGAGUCACCAGUUGGGCUGAUUCAGUAACCAGCCCUGCUGUUAGCCAAAUGGCAAUUGAUUGGGAAGACGAGAAGCUCCCUGUCAUCGGCGAAAAUGCUGCCCAAGCAUGCAAUAUUGAAUCUUCCGGGAGCACUACAUUCAAAAUCGACAGUCAACGUGUUUAUUCUGCCUUGAUGAAACGGGUGAAGGAAAACGAGAGGCGCACGGUGUCAGGCAGGCGAGCGACUACCGGAGCGCCCUCAUACGAUUACAACCCGACACACCAAAUCGUUAACUGCCCCAACGACCACAAAGACCCCCAGCAGUACACAAUUCGCCAUGUUAGGUCGGACUACAACAUGUUUGACGACAACUGGGAUGGUGCUACUUCAUUGAAUUCGAAAACACCCAAGAUUUCCAUGAGAUCAAACCUAGACAUGCCAUAUUCUCUUACCUCGAGGAGAAGCUCUCCUAACCCCUGGACGGAAGAUGUGAACGUCCUUUCACAAAGCUGCUCCUUUUCAUCGCCUCAAGCUUCUGAGAAUGACAGAAGACUUGUUUCGGAAAGAUCAUCUGCGUUCUUCGCUAGCCCGACCAGCCAUCUCUUUCGGACUGCCAGUCCAUACCGUCGGGCAUUGCGGGAGAGCAUGAAGGAGGCCGAGACUGCCGCACGGACUAGAGAGGCUCAAGGCCUGGGGGCCGGAUAUCUAGAGUCACUUUCAGCAAUCAGUCUUCCCACACGCCGCGCAAGCACGGGAUUCUCGGAGAGGCCCGUAAACAUGAAUUACGCCGAAAGUGUUUACUCAGACACAUACGAUUCUGAGGCCAACGAUAGUACUUCUGUCGUCCAAAAGACACCACACCUCUAUGAGAACGAGGAAUCCUUCACUGAACAAUCUUACCCUUGCUACGUAAAUAGCCAUCAGUGUGGUUCUGUGUCACCACUGAGCUUCGUGGAGUGGAAAAAGACAGCUAGCCUACACGCCAUGGGGCUCGAGGAAGUACAAGUACAAGGCGGAGAAGUCCCUACUCCUAACUUGCCUCGAACGUUUCCGAUAUUUAGCCACGUCCGGGAGCACGCAGAAAUUGAUUCGACGACGGAAUUGAUGACAUCUUCUAUGACUAGCAAGCUCGUUGUUGAAUCAACAAACAUCCCUAUCUCAAAAAUCACGGCCUUCAAGCAGGAUUUCGAACUCAAACCCGACUUCCAAAUGGGCAAUUUUGCAGGGGGGAAGAAACAGUUCCCGUCUAACAGAAAACUCGAUAUCUCCGGUGAUAUCUAA